ACAUGAUGACGUAAAACACAAUGUGUCGUCACGAACAGCCUUUAGUGAUCGCAAUGUGAUUGGCCAGAAUUUUCCCUACGUCAUAAUAGAGCCGCAAAAUAACAAAACAGUUCAAUCCGAAAUAUAGCGAAAGUUCAGUAAAAUGAUUAGUCACCAAAAGUUGGAAAUCCGCCCUGCUUAUUAGCUGUUGAAGUGCCCGGACGUUGACUAUUAAAGCAGAGAAAUACUUUUUGCUCGCAUGGCUGGCUUAGAGGAUGGCUUGCAAAAAUACCAGAAGGUUUACAACUUUCUCAAACGAACGCUUGCCCAAGACAAAUAUGAGGGAAUACGGGUUAUCGAGCCAUGUGUGAUUGUUGCUGAUGGGUUCAACAAAAAAUUCCAAUUUGCAGUUUUAGGUGCAGAAAUGCUCUACAUAAUCGAUAACCCUCCUAAAGUUGCUAAAGGUAUUCGCAUGACUGUCGAUUUAGCUACGAUCACUGCAGUAAAAAUGAUUCAUGAUAUUGCUGAAUUUCUUGGCGGAGAUUUAAAAAACAGAGUCCAGCAUAUCCAUGUCACUUUCAAGAAGCGUCCAGUUAUUCCCCAACCAAUAGGGGACUAUUCACCAAAUACAGCUUUAAAAUCAUCUUUGCUCACAGCGUCAGCACUAUUUCAAAGAGACGACAAUAACAGGUCAUCCACAUUUUCACGAAGAGGCUCAUCUGGUGCUCCUGAUCAACAUUCUACUCAGCUGAUACCAUCUAAUCACCUAGCAGUACAAGCUAGUCAAUUAAAAUUAAGCGCAUCAGAAGGUAACAUUCGUCAGAUGCUUGAAGAAGAAAGAUUGCAGUUACCAUCAGAGGGCCCUUUUUCCAGGGGUUUGCUUCCUGUUUGUGGACGACCACUGCCAGUUCCGCCAUCUAAUAGAAAAGAGACCCCAAGCAGAAGAAGACAGAAAAAGAACAGGAGAAAUCAAGAGCAAGAAUCAGAUACCUUUGAUUCUAGCUCAAGCAGUAAUGAUUUAGAAUUGUCAUUUCGCUCAAUUUCUCCUCAGAUGGACUUGCACCCAUUGGAGCCUUAUGAAAGGUUUCGCGUACCAUCUCCUGACCCCAGAUCAUGGAGAACAAGGAAACAUCACCGCACUAGUAGUAACGAGUCUUCAGAAGGCGUGGCUGACAGGGAAUUCUCAGCAAAUACUGGACAUGAUUCAAGUGGUGGAAAUAUAGAUGAGAUGGAUAUAUACAUUUUGGAGAAGCAAUCUCCAAUGUUUCCAUUCCUGAAAAGUUCUUGGAAUAACUGUAUCCUGAAAUCAACCUUGCAAAGUGGGAAAGAAAUCUCAUCUUCAUCUUCUGCCAAAAGAUUUUCUAUAAUUGAUAAUUCUGAGCUAUUGACUUUAUUCAAUCAACUAAAAACGGAAAUUCUUCAGUCUCACCACAUGGAAAAAAACUUUGUCCUUAUCAACGAACUUCUUACAGCAGCACAGAAAAGUUUUUCCCUCAAGAAAUUAUUCUGGAAGUCUCCAGAAUUAUUUAACUUCAUUGUGGACCAAAUAAAGAUGUAUCUUCCUGAAUCUCCCAGCACUCGCUCAAGGCAAAGGGGGAAUAAUCGAGCUGACGAGUUUGACUAUAUCGUCGUUCUGCUGGAGACCUUGGUAUGCAUGUUCCGUGAAACCGAAAUUUUGCAGUCCAGAUUGAACGUUCUUAAGGCCCACAAGGGUCAGACACUUAGGGAUCUUUUAGAGCACGUCAUUGCCACGCCUUGUGUAGGACGCAAAUCAUCAGAAUCCAAAAUCUCCCCAGCCGCCCAACUGCUACUCUACGGGCCCAAUGGUGACGUGCGUCAAGCAGCCGAAGAAGACGAGACAGCGAAACUUUUAAAUGAGGUUUUGGAUUGCGUGACGUCAGUGAUAUACGAGAUUCUCACAGCUGUCCACCAGUCAAGCGUGUUCAAAAUUGAGAAUAACACAAUCAACAUUUCUUGGUUGAUAAAGAUUAUCGACACGCACCGUGAGGCGGAAGCGUUUGUCAAGCGGAUGAUGGACAGGCAGAUGUCAGUGGUGUUAUCGGACCGUAAGCCGCUCUCUACUAAAAGCGCAGUACUGGUCUAUCGUCAGCUGUACAUAUUGCAUAACCUUCUUGAGUAUAGCCACCCCAUGGCCUCGGCUAUCCCCAGGUCCUACUCAGAGGAAUUCAGGUACUACAUCAAAAGACAUAUAGAGAAGAAAUUGCCUAUUCAGUUUCCGCUGACCAUGCCUACUUUGUCACUGCUGUCGCAUGUUAGUGACGCAAUUCUCAAGACCAAGGCUUCGUUCAGAUGACGUCAUGACCAAGGCCUCGAUUGAUGUCACAACAAUGCAAAUGACUAAACGAUUAUUUUAUGCAAUAUUACCCCAGAGAGAGUAAAUAUUUCGUAAAACUUAUUACAGUAUCAAUUGAUGCUAUUGUAAAUAUGUACAGAAAUGAAAUGUGUAGAACGAAUAAAAAAGAACAUAAAUUUCAAA